AUGGCAUCUUCUCACGUUGGAUGGUUUAGAUAUACAUUUUUAAUUGUAUAUCUUAUAACACUUCUUCAAGUAAAUUUUUCUAAGAAUACAGAUGAUCUUCGUCAAAUUAAAUAUAUGACAAAAAAUUUUCCAUUAGACAAUGAAAUUAAUAGUGAAAAUCUUAUUAAUUUACCUGAUCAAAACGAUAUUUACAAAAUAUUUGAUAUAGCUUCACUUCAAAAGCGCAAAAAUGAAUUUAUUCGUUUUGGAAAAAGGAAAAAUGAAUUUAUUAGAUUUAAAAAAAAAAAUAUAAACAACUUUAAUAAUGAAUUAAAUAACAAAAUGUUACCAAUUUAUUCAAUUUUUGAUAUAAAUGAUAAUGAUGAUAUACAUACUGCAAAUAAAAGAAAAAAUGAAUUUAUUAGAUUUGGUUAA